UCUUUCGCAGCAGGCUCGGGCGGCGGUCCUUCGGUGCCGCCUGUUUAUUUUGCGAUCUUGCCGUGACGGUUUCGAAGUGGUGCCGCUGGUGCUGCCCCGGGUCGCGGUUAUUUUUAGCGCCCGAUGUCAAAGAACCGCGCAGGAAGGGAUGCACGCUAAGAGAGGCGCCGACGACGCAGGUCCGAAGGGACCAUCGCCGGAUUUGAUGCCGAGUAUUAUGGGCGUUUUCGACGCCUACCUGGGUGAGACGAUCAAAGAGACUAACUUCGACGCCUGUGUGAAAACUUCGACGCCGAAACGUUCCCAUCAGCUCGGCAAUUUCGCGCAUCUGUCUCCUUGCGUCCAGAAAAUACUGAGCAACGUCCCCGAGCAGGAAAUUAGCAAAAAGUUCAGCUCGGACGAGGUCCUGGGACCGAAAAGGUUGGGAUCGAACCGAUUCGCUUACCGAUCGGUACGAUCGCCUGAAAAAGCGAUCAACAAGAGUAACGAGAACUUGGACAUCAUAUCGCCGAACGUCCACAAGAUGCUGUCCAACUUGCCGGACACCGAGCUGGUGAUUAGCACCAGCAAUUUGCACGUGAGCGCGAAAAAUGUGUCGAGGAACUCGUCGUAUUUGUACCGUUCGCGUUGCGACUUGAACAAGCCGAAACCCGUUUUCUAUCAUUCGGACGCGAUUAAACGCGUCGGUUGCGCUGACGAGGGUAGUGAUAAAUCGGACUGUACUAGUGAUAAAGUGACGGACAAUAAUUGGUACGGUUACUGUAAACCGUUGGGCAGCUACCUGCAUUCUUCCAUGGGUAUCGCUUCCAGGACACCGGUCGGCAGGAAGAACAUGGGAAAAUAUCUUCAAGUCCCUAGCGAGGCCAGUGGUGUUAGUGCGGGCACGAACAGCACUGCCUCCUCGUCCGAGGUGUCGAGACCGGUGUCCCUGACUAGCCUGGGUUCCUGUUCGUCGUCGGGAAGCAGCAACGGACACCAUCAGCCUCUCGCCUAUCUCGCGUCCGCCGAAAGCUUGGACAGCGAUCCCGAACCUGCGGGCAGUCAAGGAUCCGCUGACAGCGGCAUAGCGGAGCAAGAACAAACCCCUAUCACCCACGAGCAGCGGGUCCUUCAGGAAGUUUUGGAAACUGAAACCGUCUACGUGGCCGAUCUCAACGAAGUCAUAGAGGGAUACCUGGACCCGUGGCGUGGUGAUCCUGAGUGUCCACUGGCAGAACACUUACAUCACCUAUUUAGCAAUAUCGAAGAAGUAUACGAAUUCAACAGAUCGUUCCUGGACGAGCUGCGCGUGGCCAACUGCGACCCCACCAAAACCGCCAACGUGUUCCUUCAACACGAUUCCGGGUUUUCAGUGUACAACGAGUACUGCGCACAUUACCCGCGUACCAUGGAGGUGCUCGGGAACCUCCAGAGAGACGAAAAGAUGGCGCCCCUAUUCAGGGAGAAGCAGCAGCUGCUCGGGCACGCGUUACCCAUCGGUUCGUACCUCCUCAAACCGGUACAGAGGAUUCUCAAGUACCACCUUCUGCUUCAGAGGCUCUCCAAGCAAUGCGAGGUCCAGCACAAACCUGCCGUCGAUUUGGCACUGGCGACGAUGACCGGCAUCGCCACGGACAUAAACAACAUGAAGAGGAAACACGAACACGCGGUAAGGGUUCAAGAGAUACAAUCGCAGCUUUACGGAUGGAACGGGCCGGAUCUAACCACGUUCGGCGAACUGAUCGCCGAGGGAACGUUCAGGGUGCAGGGCGCCCGUGGCAGGAGGCACGUCUUCCUUUUCGAAAGAGUUCUCCUGCUGGCGAAAAGCAAGCAAGACGGCGCCCUGGCGUACAAGACUCACAUUAUGUGUUCGAAUCUGAUGCUGGUCGAACAAGUCCGCGGGGAACCGUUAUCGUUCCAAGUGUUGCCGUUCGACAACCCGAGACUGCAGUGCACCCUCAGGGCGAGGUCGCCCCACCACAAGCGCGAAUGGACGUUGCAAAUCAAACGGGUGAUAUUGGAAAAUUACAGCGCCGUGAUACCGAAUCACGCGCGACAGUUGGUGAUGCAGCUCGGCCAGGACGUUCACGACACCGCCGAAGAUACAUCUGAACGAUGGUCUCCUCUAAAACCCCAUUCGCCCACGCCGCAUUAUUUGGAACGUCGUUGCAGAGUACGAAAAACCAGGGAUUUUUCUGGGCGGAGGGCCUCUUCGCAGGACCGCUCGUUUCCUUCGUUGGGCAGCUGGCGUAGAAAAUCCGAACCGAGCAUGAUCCCGCAGCAGUACAACGUGAAGACGAUGCCGAAGAAAAUAACGAAACUGAAGAAAACGAAGGAGGGCUCCUCGUCCGGGGGCGGCAGCUCGACGUUUUACACGGACCUUUCGGAUUCGGAAACGGCCGCCGAGUCGGUUGAACGGUUGAUGACGGAGGACGUCGUCGACGAGGGGACGGCGAACGCGCAAGCCAAGAACGGCAAAAGUAUCGAGAACAAUCUGGAGAAGAUCGUCUCCGAAUUGCUGAUGCAGAACCAAGAGUUCCACAAGGUAUUCAACAGGGAACACGUGAGGCACCCGCGACGCAACAUCAACAGCGAACCGGGACCGAUUUGGUAUGAGGAACCGCCCCAGUUGCCCAGCAAGGCGGACUCGCUACCCAGAUCUUUCCAGCUCAACGAUCAAAUUGAGGACGGCGGGGGGAGUAGGAACGAUUCGAUGUCGAACGGCGAGUCGUUGAAAGAGAGUCCUGAAGUGUGCGUCGAGGAACAACACGAAAACGAUCUCUCGUCGCGGUUAGACGACACCGACCAUCCGGAGCACAAAAUCUACCGCAAAUCCGCCAUACGCCUGAGUAUUCUCCAAAGGAUCCGGAUGAUCAUGUCGGAAGAACAGAGGCGCAACAACAAGUAUCCCUUACGUAAGCAAGGCUCGAAGAGUAUGGGAGAAAAGAUCGCUCAUCCCGACUACGAGGAUCCGCAGAAACUGCUACUCCAUUCCAGGAACGCCAGUUCGGUCAACUUGACGACGGUCGAACCUGACGAUAUUAUGGGGGACAGGGUCGAGCUUGACAUGAGUUUCAACGAGAAAGAAGUACUUAAAGAGAUCGAGAGUCGCUUGAACGAGACGCCUAGUCAUGCGGAAAAACCGGAGAGCAGUUUGGAUUCUAGUCAAAAUUCCGAUAGCUAUUACGAGAGUAUACUGGACGAUUCCCUGACCGAAGAAUACGUCAGGGACAGCAAAACCGGGAAGCUGGUAGCGAAGCAGGACAGUUUCAGCACAAAGUCGCCCAAGCCGCUUAACGCAAAGAGACCAAUUAUUAAGAGGCCGACGAAAGCGCCACCUCCGAUACCCGCCAAACCUCAAAGACUAUCGAAACACGGAACCAAUGAGACAAUAAGAGCGCCUAGUUGCGAUAAAGACACGCCCCAAAGUCCGAACUGCGGGGCCGUGCAAACCAGCUGGGUGAAGGCCAUGGUCGGACGGUUCGAAUGAUACGUCCGAAACGCGCCCACAUACCACGUAGUAUGAGACUAAUGCAGUAUGUUAGGUAUUUAUUUACUCCGUUACAUUCUUAGGGUAAUCCGCAGUUCUCGGAACCCACCAUAACAUUAAAUAGGAAUUUUAUUAAUAACAACUUUUUUACUUCCACGGAUUAACGUUCAAAAACAUUUUUGAUGUCGUUAAUUCGCGUGUUGAUUAUUUGUUUUUUUAAUUAAAGUCAUUUUUCCAUUGUGCUAUAUGAAUGGGGCUGUUAACGUUACGUAUUGCAAAGUAUACGUCGCACGGAACGUGUAUUUUUAUAAAAUACACGUUACGUUUUCCGAGUUGUUAGAUUCCGAAGACAUAUUUUUAGGUUAAGUUUUGUGUACCGUCACACCAGAACAAUAAAAUGAGUCUGAGAGUUUACAAUAAUCGUUUAAGUCCACUUAAAAUAUUUAUAUGAAAGUUUUAAAAGUGCCAAAUAGAGUGUAUUUUAAAAUUUAACUGAAUAAAUUAUUGUUGAAUUAUAAGUACUAAUAGUUUUGUAAAGAUGUUAAAUAAAAUUA